UUUCUGCGCAACUCGGGGAGCUUUUUCCCCUGUCCCUCGCCAUCUGCUGGAGGCUGCACGAGUGAGGAGAUGUAUUGAACAGGCUGAAUGCGCGUGGAGAGAUGCGCGAGUAUCCGCGAAUUCCCGGCAGCACGGGGCCGCAGUCCGCACAAUAAAGAAAAAAAUUGCCACGGUGUUAGGGGGGAAACGGUGAGGCGGCGUGCGGGACAGAGACAGGAGAGGCCGUCCUAAUCCUCCUGGACGCCGAAGAGGCAGACUCGAUUAAUAGUCACGGUCGCGAGAGAAACUCCUCGGCGUCGUCCUCGUGCGCGCGUCAGCCUCGCGGGAUGAGACCGCUGCUGCUGCUGCUUUAAGCGGAGCUUCCGCAACGUAGUGCCAUUCAAUGGACCGCCGCGUCGCGUCCCGUGAUCGUCGUUUCUGGUGAAACGGUUUUUCAAUUCGCGACACUGCGCGCCGCGACAUUUCCACGUUAAUCGGUGGAUCCCUGUCGACGCGAUCGCUGCGCGUCGUUGCGUCGUCGCGAGUGUUACGCGAGUGCGUUACAGACGGCGAGUCGGUGUCGAGCGCGAGUCGAGAGUAUCUCUCGAGUGCGUGAAUCGCGUUCGCGACUGAGCGAGCGAGCGAGCGGUCGAUCAGUAGCGGACAGACGCCCGAUACGAUGAGACCCGGUGGGUUCCUUCUGUUGCACCUUCUGCUCCUCUGCAUAUUUUUCCUGACGUCGGAAGCGAGGCUCGGCCAGCAGGCGGCCGACGACGACGACGACGACGACGACGAUGACUGGGACGACGAGGACGACGAGGACGACGACACCGACGAGCAGAGCUACCAGACGAAGCCCGAGGUGGACGACGACGGCCGUAUAUACAAGAACCCGAGGAAUUCACCGUCGGCGAUGUGUCCGAGGGACGAGGGACAGGCGGAACUGCUCGGCCAGAAGUGUCUGCGUAAGUGCUCCACCGACGAGGAUUGCAAGAGCAAGAAGAAGAAGUGCCGAUGCGACGGUGUUUGCGGGAUGUCUUGCAUCAAGCCCGAGAGGGAAUGCCUGACGCUCAAUGAAAUCCCGUACGGCGUGAUGACCGUAACUGGGCGAUAUUUCGGCGAUCGGGCCCAUUACACCUGCGACCCGGACUAUUUCAUCGUCGGGCUGACCGAACGGACGUGCAGGGCCGACGGCAAAUGGACCGGCACGACGCCCUCCUGCAAGAAAGACUCGAGGUCCUUCUGCUCACAGCCGCCCAAGGUGAAGAACGCGCGGCACAACGCUCUACCCGAGCAGACCACUUUCGACUUGGACCACGAGGUCCAAUACUUUUGCAAUCACGGCUACAUGACCACCGGUAUCAGGAAGGCGAGGUGCCUGUUGAUGGAAGGCAUCGCUAGCUGGUUCGGCCCCGACAUCAACUGCGAGGCGCAAAAGUGCGGACCUCCCGCCGAUAUCGCGAACGGCUGGCACGCCGGUGAAUGUUACACGUACGACUGUCGCGUGUCGUAUCACUGCGCUGAUGGCUACGAAUUGGUCGGCAAGGCGGAGAAACUGUGCUUGGCAGACGGCACAUGGACCCCCAAGGAAUCACCGCAAUGUGUCCAAGUUACGACGGUGCAAUGCCCGAAACCGGAGAAUCCAGUGAACGGGAAAGCGGUGUACACUUCGUACGCGUACAAUUCCAUCGUGUCGUACGAGUGCAAGUACGGGUACACGGUGAUCGGCGCGACAACCAGACGCUGCGGGGCAGAUAGAAAAUGGACCGGGAAGACACCUACCUGCCAGGAGAUUAAUUGCGGUUCACCUGGUGUUUUGUACAACGGUUGGAUUGAGAAUAUCGAGGCGGGUACGGGCCUGGGUGCCAGCAUAAUUUUCCGCUGCAACGACCACAUGAAGCUCGAGGGGAACACAUCGUCGGUUUGUCAGAUCGACGGGAAAUGGCGGUACCCGUUGCCGCAGUGUCUCGCGCCGUGCGUCGUGCCUCAGAUCGAGAACGGGAACAUCACGGUGGCCAGCCACGACAGGGAUCACAUCAACAACGUGACGGUGGUCGAGCACGGCGAGAGGCUGCUGGUCUACUGCGAGGAGAAUUACGAAUUCGCGGCGAACAGCACGCCGGUGGUGUGCAACAACGGCACGUGGUCGAUAGUGCCGAGUUGCUCGCCGGCCAGGUGCAAGCUGAUGCCGAAGACGCCGAAAAACGGGAUAGUGAUUGCGCCGAAGACCGACCACGGCAUGAAGGCGAUAUUCAAAUGCAAGGACGGUUUCAAGAUUGUCGGCGGUGGGCCGCAGAACGCCUCCAAGUCGGUGGAAUGCCAGUACGGGAAUUGGAUCGGUGACAUUCCUCACUGCAUCCAAGUAUUCUGCCCUUUCCCCGGUUUCAUUGAGAACGGCAAGGUCUUCCUGAUGGGCAACAUGGGCGUCUACGAUUACAGGCCGUACGUGAGGAAGGUUGUGAACAACAAGCAGAUUAUGUACGACUGCGAGAAGGGAUACGUUCUGGAAGAGGGACCCACCGGGGCCACCUGUAUCGGUGGAACCUGGUAUCCGAAAGAGCUGCCCAAGUGCAUUCUUGGACAGCAUCCCAGGCUCAGAUGGAGCCGGCGUCGAAGGUCCGUGAGCGAGGAGGAUCUUACUAUGAACUACAGGAAGUUCAUCGAGUUCUUCCGCAAGAUCGGCAAGAAGCUGCUGCACCUGGAGAUGAACAAGAGCAAGGAGCACUCGAAGCACAAGAUCGAGGGGAAGAACGGGAAUUCCAGCCGCCACGAUAACAGCACGGAGGCUCUGUCGUGGAAGAAGCACUCGGGCCACGGGAACAGAUCGCGUCUUCGCGAGGAGAAGAUGAUCGACUUUCUGAAGAUCGUCUAUCGGAAGCUGCAGCGUAUCGACGCCAGGCAGUCCAACAACUCCACCAACAGCAGCAUGCACGAUCUUCUGAACGCCAUGAGCAAGAACUUCUUCCACGUGGAUCUGUCCGAGUCUCGGAGAAACAACUCCGGCAAGAGUCGUUCAGAGUUCGAGAUUCGAAACCAGAGAGAGUUCAUCAAGCUGAAGCGAGAGUUUGAGAGGAUCAUGCGAUUCUACAACAAGUCGAUGCGCUGGAACGAGAAGCAGAAUCGGAAGGACUCGAAGAAGAAGGGCCAGUCUCACGGCGAGAAGGGGAAGAACAAGUCGAAGGACAAGAAGAAGCAUCGCAAGAACUACUACAAAGGGUUCUACGAGUUUGUCAACAGCUACGUGACCGAGAAGCUGUCGAUGCUGGAGGCCCGAAACGCCACCGAGGAGCUGAUCAAGAACAUGAAGAUCGACAAGUUCACCGUGCGAAACGGCACGACGUUCACAGUAGGUGAGAUGUACGCGUUCUUCAAACAUAUCAUAGAGGCUAAAUUGAACGGCACGGAAGACACGAUGCAGGCAGAGGCGUCGACGACCGCGUCUUCCUCCUUCACGAGCACAACCGCGACCAUUGGCAGUAGCGGGAACAGGAGCAGCAACAGCAGCAGCAGCAGCAGCAGCACGGUGACAACGUCGAGCACGACGUCGAGCACAAGCAGCACGACCACGACGCUGGCGACGCCGAGGGAGAUCGAGGCGCGCGAUAAUCGAUCUUCGACGAUGGCCAGUAACGAGUCUUCGAUGCUGGACAACGAGAUCCCGGCCAAAGAAGGAGUGCCAAAGCACCGCAGCAAGCGAAUACGAAACGCGUCCGAGGACAGUGGUCCUCCGCGUCAGAAGAGAAGGCUGCUGUCCUUGAACGGGCUGUCGAUGAACGCCAACAACAACAACAACAACAGCAACAAUAAAAAGAGAAGCGCCAUCAAGGUUGUCGGCUCGUCGUCGUGGAGGAGCGAGAAGCCGAGGGUUUCCAAGAGGUUCACGGCCUACGACGACGAGAAAACCAGGCUGUUCACGUUCAAGGAGCUCGAGGCUCAACAGCAGAGCCGCUCGAAACGAUUCCUGCCACCGUCCGAGCUGGAUAAUCAAAUCUUUUUAAAGAACUUGUAUCUGCACGCGUACGAGAACGAGUACCGGGCGAACGUGAAACGUUCGAUCGUUCAUGGAAAUCACACGAACGACCAACAGCAGCAGCAGCAGCAGCAGCAGCAGCAGCAGCAGCAGCAGCAACAGCAGCAGCCGGCCGUCUACAGGAGGCGCAAAGGUAACCUGGACGCCUACGAGAUCAAGUGAACGAAAUUGCGCGGGAUUGAUUGUGUUGUGAUAUUAUAUUGACGGAAUUUACUGAGGUCAUUAAUCACCGAUAUCAAUUCGACUUUAGGCGAGUAUACUUCUAUAUACGAUAGGAUUGUAAUCGUUGUCCCUCGUGUCGAUGCGCAUUGUAAGACGUGUAUCGCGCUUUUUUUCAAUGAAUCGAUCUUUUCCCAUUUUUUCAUGGAGUGUCUCGGUGUAACCUGGUCUCAACCACUGGGGUUUCAGUUCAAUUGUUCGACGCUUAUUCGCCGCGAUGUGAGCUGAUGGAGAGUUCAAGGCGUUUGCUUUUCUUUCUUCUCUUUAUUUCGUCCUCGUUUAUUCGUCGUUGUGAUGAUCGAUGGUUACUCGAUCUGUCCCUUGAUCCGUGGAACGUGAGAAUUGGCGCCCGAGCCGUUUGCGCCGUUGAAAUCGUCGCUGAGAGAGGAGGAUCGAGAAAAGGAGUACGUUGCAGGGCUUCUUUCGAUCGGCUGAACGUCUGAGACUGAACGACUUCGAGUUUUCACGUAACGUAACUUUCUUAGGCUUUCUUUUCGCUUUCUUCCGUGCGGACGUCUGCAGCGGACGAAUUUUCAAAGAGAGAUCGACGAGAAAAAAGCUGGCCAAAUUUUCUUACUUUCGUUUGUCUGUGAUAUGAUACUUGGUGAAAGCAGCGGUUCUUCGUUCAGAGCGACGAGUAAUAUAUAGCGUCAAUCAAACGAACACGAAGAACAGAAAUGAGUAAAUCAAAACGGAGUGGAUGCUUCGACUGCAACGGGUGCAAAAGUAGACAUUGUAGCAGCCAGUCGCUGAACGUAGAGGUAAUCGCUAGCGUGUCGAGAGCGUGUCGUUUCGUUUCCACUGUAGCCAGCUCGCAUCGCAAAAAAAAAAGGAGAAAAAAAAGUAGAGUAUUUCAAACUCUUCGAAAAAUCGUACUAGUAGAAGGAUAUGUUAAACGUAUUUUAAGUGUAUGGUGAAAAAAGGCGUCCGGAAAAGAAAAAAAGAAAAAAAAAAACGAAGAAAGGAAAAAAUUGAAAAAAGUAGACGAGUCGAGAAAGAAAGAAAAUGAAACACGUUCGGAACUCGUUCGAUCAAAACGAUCUUCCGUUGUAUAAUCGAUUAAGUUUUCACGAACCGCGAGGCUGUGUUUGUUAAACUAUUAUAUCGAUUAAAAGAAUAGGUUUUUUAACUGUUAUUAUCGAAAGGCAUUGUAACGUUGCGACGUUGUAUAUAAUACAUUCAUGUUGAUUUCACGUCUUUCUCUCCUCGGUUUGAUACCAAGACGAUAAGAUAUACAUAUAUAUAUAUAUACAUAUACGGUCGUAUCAAUACUCCCGUCCUCGUCUCUUCGUAAUUAACUUUUACUUGCGAACGUUCCACACUAUACUCACACACACACACAGACACACAUACACAUUCGAAAACCAUUUGUAUCGAUCGAUCGAUCGACCCUUCUCACACUUCUCAACACGAAGACACUGCGAAUCAAAACCAUCACGCCACACGUUAUACAGACGCUCGUGCAUUUUUAUGAAUGACAAGCCAUGGACAAGUAUCAUUAGUGAAUAAUAAGUAUUAUGAUACGAACAAUA